UCUAGAAGAUGACUGAGGAGCUCGGGAGGUGAUUGGUUGACUCAGUUCGGAGUGAAGAAGGUGAUUGGCUGUCUGAGUUCGCGAGGCUCCCUGGAGGCGAUUGGUUGGCUGAGUUCGGAGCGCGGGACGUGAUUGGAUGUCUGAGUUUGGAGCGAGGGAGAGACCCCCCCUCUGAGCUGCCGAGAUGGGUGACUAUGAGAAGCAGGAGACGUGUGGAGCCGUCUGCCUCAAAUACCUGCUCUUCGUCUUCAACUGCUGCUUCUGGCUGGCAGGGCUGGGCGUGAUGGCCGUGGGCAUCUGGAUUCUGGCCCUCAAGAGCGACUACAUCAGCCUGCUGGCCUCCAACUUCUACACGGCCACCGCCUACCUCCUGGUCGUGGCCGGUGUCGUCGUCAUGGUGACGGGCAUCCUGGGCUGCUGUGCCACCUUCAAGGAACGCAGGAACCUCCUGAGGCUGUAUUUCAUCCUGCUGCUCAUUAUCUUCCUCCUGGAAAUCCUGGCCGGGAUCCUCGCCUACGUCAGCCAUCAGCAGAUGAACGAGGAGCUGAAGACCGGGCUGAAGGCCACAAUGACGGAGAAGUACCGGCAGCCGGGGGCCGAGGGGGUGACCAGCGCCGUGGACAAGCUGCAGCAGGAGUUCAAGUGCUGCGGCAGUAACAGCUCGGACGACUGGAAGGACAGCCUCUGGAUCAAGUCCGGUGACGCCAACAACCGCAAAUUCCCCGACAGCUGCUGCAAGACCAUCGUGGACGGCUGCGGCCAGCGUGACCAUGCCUCCAACAUCUACAAAGUGGAGGGCGGCUGCAUCACUAAGCUGGAGAUCUUUAUCCGGGAGCACCUGAAGAUCAUCGGGGCCGUGGGCAUCGGCGUGGCCUGUGUGCAGCUCUUCGGCAUGAUCUUCACCUGCUGUUUGUACAAGACCCUAAAGCUUGAACAUUACUAGACGCAGCCCACCCCGCUCCCCGGCCCCCACGCGCCACGACCUCGGGUCAGACGUGGGGGGGAUGACCCCCUGUGAUGGGAGGUGGGGUCCCCUCUCCCUUCCUCCUCCCCGCCCCGGGCCCGGUGAUCGCAUCAUUCCCGGGGGUCGGAGACCAGGGGAGGGGGCCGGAAGGGAAGGACGGAGCUCAGCUCUCAAUGACGGCUUCUUCCUGUUGUUGACACUGUAAAAUGGCCUGAGCCCAAACUACUGACCGACCCAGCGGACGCCAUGGGAGGGGAUCGCCUUCCCCCUCACGCUUCGCUGGACCCCGGACCUUGGACAUCCAGCUCCUCCCCCCCUAACCAUUGUACCCCAGGUCUCCCCGCCCCGCUACCCCCGCUCAGGUGCUUACUGUAACUUUUCACCCAAACCCUGCCCCCCAAGAACGCCUUCGGAAGAUUCACCGUGACCCCCUCGGGGGCCCGGGCCCGCCUCCGCCUCGCGACUGUGCAGUUGGCGGGAAAUUACGGUAACGUGAGUCGAGAAGACUUGGCGGGAAGUGGCGGAGGUGGGAAAUCACUCAGGGGAGAUGACCGUGGGCCGGGAGAUUUCCUUCCCGAGUCCCGCUGGCCUCACGGCGAGGACGGGAACACCGCCGACUUGGGUUAGCCCACCCGUUUGGGGCGGUUGUCCAGCUGAGACCCUCCUCCCCGCGGGGUCUUGGUCUCCUAGGGGUCCCCGCCUUCGCCUUACGGAUCCGGGUGGGCCUUUCCCCCUCCUCCAACUGUCCCGCAGGGACCUCCAAGACCCCUCCCCGGUUUAAGUGCCUUGAGUCUCCGUUCACAAAGUCCGUGUGGGGGCUGCUGCCUCCGGCCUCCUCGGACUAUUUAUUUUUAUUUAAAAGGGAAAUCGGUCUGCUGAUCUGCUGGGACGGGGGGGCUCCCACUUCUCCCACUUCCCCCCAAAUCCCCGGGCCCUGCCCACACCACCGGCUCACCGGCUUCUCCCGCUGAGCACACGCGCACACUGAUUGUUUUCUGCUGGUUUGUUUUAUCCGUGUGCCUUCGUAUCCCACCCCCAGCAUUAAAGCCCGUCUCUCCAGCCCGCAA